AUGGGAAACACAGCAAGUUUAAAGAACCACGUUGAAACAUCCAGAAAAACGGGUGUGUUAAAUUUAUCGGAUAGUCAUCUUAAACAGUAUCCAGAUUCUAUUGACGUUCUUCAUCCUUUUUUAAGAAAUUUGGAAUUGUCUAAAAACAAAUUAAAAGUAUUACCAAAAUCUAUUGGUCAAUUCAAAGAAUUAAAGAUACUUAAUGUCAGCAACAACUCGUUAGAAAAUCUACCUGAAGAAAUAAACUGCUUGUCAAAGAUUGAAACAUUACAGGUGAAUUGUAACUUAUUAAAGUCAUUACCUCCAAUGAAUAAUUUGAUAUUUCUAAAACGUGCCUCGUUCGCAGACAAUCAGCUCAGUGUAUUUCCAGAAUUUUUGUGUGAAUUAAAACAUCUAGAAGCAUUGGAUAUAUCUAAGAAUAACAUCACUCAAUUGCCUGAACUUAUUAAACAGUCCAGAUUGGUCGAACUAAACCUAAAUCAAAAUCAAAUUAGAAAAUUGCCAUCUAGUUUAGCACAAUGCCCCAGAUUGAAGACUUUGCGCGUAGAAGAAAAUUGUCUAGAACUGGACGAUAUUCCAAAAGAAUUAUUAACAUCGUCUAAAGUGUCGCUUUUAUGUGUCGAAGGGAAUUUAUUUGAUAUGAAAUCUUUAUUAGCAUUAGAGGAGUAUAGCACAUACAUGACAAGAUAUACAGAAGUAAAAAAAAAAAUGUUUUAA